UCUUCAUUUUAUCUCAAUGAAAGGUUCCAAUGGGUGGAAAAGAGCGAAUGGCAGAAUUUCCUCCUCUUGUUGCUGAGGACGUUACAUUAGAAGAAGGACUUGGGAAACCUGAAGCAGUGGCUGACAUCAAGUUUUCCUCUGCAGGUUGGGUUGCAGUAACGCCUCAGUUUAAAGACAGACUACAUCUCCGAGGCUAUACACCUCAAGGAACAGUGCUGACGGUCCGGCCACCUCUCUUGCCACAUAUCGUUAACAUCAAAGGAGAGCGCAUCAAAGGAACUGUGGCCUAUAAAACCAAGAAGCUUCCUUCCCUUGUGUGCAAUCUGCAGAAGAAGAAAAACGGGUGAAAAUAUGGAGUUGGCCUUGCUCACGCUGGUAUUAACUAUGGAGCUAUAAUCAAGCUCCCCUGUGCCCACCCUUUUAACUACUCAGAACUGUGCCUAUUUGUAUUGAGUUUGUAACUAUAAGUUGUUUUUUGAAGGGUGUGUGUAUGCAUGUGUGACCCAAAUAUGCCUAAAAAGGAGUUCUGCUACAUUCAA